AUGAACAACUCUUUCUCAGAUCCUAAUGAAUUCGGACAACACGACAUAAGAUGCUUGUGGAAAGCCGAGGAAGAGCAGAAACGCACCAUUGUGGUACAUGUAAUCGACAAUCUCCGGUGGGAGAGAGCCACCCAUUCGCAUCGCUUGCAGAAGAACUGCGGUAUUGUCACUCAUCUGUUUGUUUACAGCUCGAUUAAUGUCUUUCUAUCGAUCUAUCAACUACCCAAUACCUCAACGAGCUUUACAUUCAAUUCGAAGAAAAAAGACACCGAUAACAUAGGAAAUUAUUUAUUUGCUUUCAACAAAAAACAAAAAACCAAAUUAGAUUGGGUUCUCAAUCCACUUGGUGAGUGGUCCAUGCUCACGUUGGAGUUGAACUCCGACUCCGUCAGAGCGAAGUCUUCCUUCAGCACGCAUGCGCUCGUAGUCCUCACGGUCCCACUUGGUGAAUCCCCACUUGCGGGAGGAGACGAUGAUUUGACGUCCUGGGAACUUGAACUUGGCACGACGGAAGGCCUCAAUAGCGUGCUUGACGUUCUGGAAAAUUCAAAUAAAAACUUGUCCGUUGAAACUCUUAAAACUUACUCCUUCCUUGACUCUCAUGGAGAAGAGGAUAUCUCCAAUGUCGACACGGGCGACCAAUCCUUGUGGCUUUCCGUAAGCUCCACGCAUUCCAGUUUGGAGUCUAUCAGCUCCGGCACAUGA